AUGGGGAGGGGUGAUGCUGAGGAAGGCCAGCUGCCUGAAAGAGUGAAGCCUCCAGAUGGUGGCUGGGGCUGGGUUGUGCUUGUGGGCUGCUUCGUCAUCACUGGCUUUUCCUAUGCCUUUCCAAAGGCAGUGAGCAUCUAUUUCAAGGAGCUGAUGCGUGACUUCCAUGUGGGCUACAGUGACACGGCUUGGAUCUCAUCUAUCAUGCUAGCUAUGCUAUAUGGAACAGGACCUGUGAGCAGUAUUAUGGUGAACCAGUUUGGCUGCCGGCCCGUGAUGCUUGUCGGGGGACUUCUGGCUUCUUCUGGAAUGAUUCUAGCCUCCUUCACCACCAACAUUAUUGAGCUGUACUUGACAGCUGGCGUGCUGACAGGUUUAGGUAUGGCUCUGAACUUCCAGCCUUCUUUGAUCAUGUUAGGGUCCUACUUUGACAAGCGUAGACCUCUGGCCAAUGGGCUCGCUGCAGCUGGGAGCCCGGUCUUCCUUUCAGCCCUCUCUCCCCUGGGCCAAGUCUUGCUGGAGAAGUUUGGCUGGCGAGGGGGAUUCCUCAUCAUGGGGGGGCUCUUACUUAACUGCUGCACAUGUGGAGCAAUCAUGAGACCCCUGGAGAUGAGUGUAAAGAAGACCAGAGAGAAAGCACAGGACAAAUAUGAAGCCAAAGAAAUGCUGCCAAUGGGGGGACGGACAGCAGAGGCCGUCAGCACCACGGACAGCAGCAAGAAGUCCAAGAAAGCCAAGAAGAAAAAGAUGCCGAAGAAAGGGAAAAAGCUCUUAGAUUUCUCUAUCUUCAAAAACCGGGGUUUUGUUAUUUAUGCCAUUGCCAAGUUCAUCAUGGUCUUGGGUCUCUUUGUGCCCACCAUCCUGCUGGUCAACUAUGCCAAAGACAUAGGUGUACCAGACAAAGAGGCUGCUUUUCUGUUGUCCAUCAUCGGUUUCAUAGAUAUCUUUGCACGUCCAUCCUGUGGGAUCCUUGCUGGGCUGAAGUGGGUACGGCCCAAUGUCACCUACUUGUUCAGCUUUGCGAUGCUGUUCAACGGCCUGACAGAUAUCUUCAGCGCCAAGGCCAACACCUAUACGUCCCUUGUCAUCUUCUGCAUCUUCUUUGGCAUCUCCUAUGGGAUGGUGGGGGCACUGCAGUUUGAAGUGCUCAUGGCCAUCAUUGGCUCGCAGAAGUUCUCCAGUGCCAUUGGGCUUGUUCUGCUACUUGAGGCCUUUGCUGUGCUCAUCGGACCACCCUCUGCAGGGAGAUUGGUGGAUGCACUUAAGAAGUAUGAGGUUAUCUUCUAUCUGGCUGGCUCAGAGGUAGUACUGUCUUCUCUCUUCCUGGCUACUGCUUCCUACUGUUGCCUGAGGAGGGAGAAAAGUAAGACCUCCCAACCAGCGAAUCCUCCUGCAGGUGAAGGUGGAGGUGGCAGUGAAACAGAGGAAGCUGAAUCGGACAUCCAGGAACCAGAGGAUCAUCCUGCUGACAAUCACCACCUGUCCCACAGCAUUAACAAUGCUGGGGGUGAUACAGUGAAUCAUGUUGCGGAGAACAGGAAUGCAGAUGGAGAGGGGCGGCUGGAGGGGGAAGGGGAAACAUUGGUACUGAGAGGCUGCAGUGUUGACCAGACAGUGGAAAGAAACAGUUUUUAG